AUUAACUUCCAAUCAUUUGCUCUUCUAAUUAGUUAAUAGUUAAUCUUAAUAUGUAGUUAAUCACCGGGCAUCUUUGUUGUGACUUUUAUUUACAUCUUUAAAUUGGAUUUCAAGUCAAAGUGAUUCUGUUUUUAUCUUCUCUCUCUCUCUCAUUGUUUAUGUUUUUCUGUGUGUCAUGAGACCUUGAUUUGUUUCCUUCUUAUUUGAUUAUUAUUGUUAUUAUAAUUUGGUUAUUGAAUAUUAUUUGGAAAAUAGUUUGUUCUUGAUCAUCAUGGAGAUCAAUUCUAUUAAAGAUGGUUUGAUUAAUGGGUUUACUUUUGAUUCAUCUUCACUCAUUUCUCCAUUUACUGGUGAUGAUGUUUUCACUUGUAAUCAGAUUAAUGCUCCUUUAGGUGAUCAUAAUGAGGAUGAUUUUGAUCAAAUGCUACAACAAAUCGGAUGUUUUGAUAUUAAUAUGUUAAAUUUGGAGAAUGGUGAUUUAUUCAAUGUUACUGAUUUAGAGGGAUCCGCUUUGACACCCGAUUCACUCAAGUUUGAAUCAUCUGGUGAUCUACUGGGAGACAUCAAAUCGGAGUUCAAUCCAGUUCAGUCAAUGGAUGAAUCAUGUUCACCGAAAAAUUCCCCGAUUUUGGAAUCAAGCGAAACUUUUCCUAAUCAAUUUACCUCAGUACAAGUGUCACCCGUUCAAUCACAACCUGUCCAACAAUUUAUUAAUCAAUCAAUUCAACCACAAACUCAACUUGGAUUGACCAAUACGACUGGUCAACCAAUGGACAUUGGUUCAUCUAUAAAAGUUCAGAAAGUUCAAGCUACUGUUCAACCUGUUAUACAACAAACAACCACCACCACAACAACAUCAGCCACUCAAAACACUGAACCUGCAAUUAUUUGUCUUGAUCAAAAUAGUAAGACAACUGUACCAAUCAAUUUAAAUGAUUUAAUAUCAAUCAUACGAGAGCAACAACAGCAGAAACAACAAUUAUUUAUUCAACAAAAAGUUCAAGAAGCUUUACUUCAACAAAUUCAGUCAAACAAUUGCUCUAUUACAACAACUGCACCAACAACAACGACUAAUACCUCAGCUAAAAUGCCAUUAACAACGGAACAAUUAACUGGUGGUCAAGUAAAUAACUUUUUCGAUGCUCAAAUAGUAACGGAUGGUUCAAGUUCAAUACUGACCACUCAAGGUGUUCCCAUUUCCACUCCAGUUACCGUUUCAGUGGCCAAUCCUACAACCACUUUGAUUGCUGCCACUCCGAUCAUUUUACAAAAAGCACUUGACCCAAUACCAGAUAAAAUUGCGAUAAACCGUUUGACACCAGUACCACCAAGUCCUGUUCAGAUCACUUCACGACAAUCCAACAUUCAAUCAUCAAUUAAACGCGAACCACCAUCACCAUUAAGUGACUUGGACAGUCCAAAGCGAGGCAAACACGCAGUGCCUGAAAAACGAACGGCACAUAAUGCCAUUGAAAGAAGGUAUCGAUCAUCAAUCAACGAUAAAAUAACAGAGUUAAAGAACAUGGUAGUUGGAACUGAUGCUAAAUUAAACAAAUCGGCUGUACUUAAAAAAGCAAUUGAAUUCAUACAUCACAUAACCACAGCGAACAAUAAAUUGAGGCAGGAAAAUUUAGCACUUAAAGCAGCUUUAGCUUCGAGUGAGGUUAACGGUGGCUCACUUAAAUCACCGAUAAGUGUACCAGCCACCGAUUCACAAGACAUCACACCUCCACUUUCUGAUUGUUCAUCAUCAGCCUCAUCACCCGACCAAAGUGGAAUCCGAUCUCCCGAACCUGGAUCACCAAUUAUUUGGGCCUCUGAUGGAUCACGAAUGUUACUUUGUGUCUUUGUCAUUGGUCUUCUUGCUUUCAAUCCUUUCUCAAUCUUCUUGAGUUCAGAUGAUAUCGGACAAACAUCAGCAUUCAUGGGAACUACUGAUCAUGGUUCAGGUCGUUCUAUUCUCAGUAUCUGGCAUACAGAUAACUCACUUGGAUGGAGUGAAUUGUUGUUCUCUUAUUGGAAAUCAAUUGCUCUUUGGUUAUUGAACAUAUUCAUUUGUUUCAUUACUCUACGGAGAGCUUUUCAUCACUAUUCAAUCUCAGAUCAAACUGAUCGAAAGUACUGGAUUUACAUGGUCCAAGCGAAUCAAGAUCUUCAAAAAGGAAACAUUCGAUCUGCCCAACACAAUUAUAUGAUUGCUCUUGAAAUAAUUAGACGAUCAGCUCUUCCUAAAACUCUUCCGGGUGAAGUGAUGGCCGUUACUUGGCAAUUGGUUCGUUUUUGGUUACACUUUUUCUACAUUGGUCGCUGGUUAGAAGAUUAUGAUUAUCGCGGCAAAGAAUUACUGUCGAUUGCUUGUUUUCUUCAUUGUAAACUCAAUUCCAUCGAUUUGAUUGUCAAUCAAGGCAAAUUUUCUCUAAUGGGCUACUUUUACGCUUUAUCAGCUAUCAACGAAUCGAAAGCUUUGGCCUCUGAAGUCGGUCCAUUGGUUAGUUCUCACAUUUUGGCAGCUCUUCGAUUCAAGAUAAACUCAAAUCUUUACGCUCGAUACUUUUUACGAAAAGCUUUGUCCUAUUGUAAAACUGAUAAGAUUGAACAUUAUCUUCUUAAUCCAAUUGGACGUAAAUUUUUCAACAAAUCGCAUCAUCAUUGGAACUAUUUAUCGGAUAAAUCUUCCGAUUUUGUUAAAACUCCUGAGAAGAUUGUUGAUCCAUUUACAUAUAAUUCACGAGAGUAUCGACGUUACUUGAUCAAGAAAUCAAUCUUAACCAUGAUGAAUCCAAAGAGCGGUAUUAAUACCGAAAAUAAUCCAGCCAAAAGUAACAAAGGUCGAGCUAACAAAUCGAUCUCAUUGUUGGCCGUAAUCGAAGAGCUAUCAAAUAACAGUCGGCUAUUUGGCGAUGACAUCGCUUUCUGGUGGAGUAACGUAAUCAAAGCGGCCUAUUUUUGGUUCACUGGUAAUGAUUCAUCUGCUCAUUCGGUAACUUUAAUUAUUCCAGAUACACUUCGAAACAAUUCACUGGCAAUUACCCUUCUUUUGAGUGGAAAGAUGAAAAAAUAUGUUCAAAUAAAGAAGCCCAAAGAUACGAAAAUAUUAAUGAAACUUUUGGAUCGAGCGAGUUACGAACUAUGGAGAUCAAUUGAAAUGAAUGAGAGCCAAAAGUUACAAGAUGAUUGUAAUCAGCAAAUUAUUCAAGCCUUCCAAUUACUCUGUACCGAAUGGUUACUUUCAACUCGAUUACGACUCUGGGAACUAAAUUGUGAUUCAUUUCUUUCACCAAGUCAGUAUCACAUUCGAGGAUUUAGAAAAGAUUUAUCGACUCUUCGAUAUAUGGCACAAUUAAUUCCAAGUGGAAAGACAAAGUUGUACUUAUACGAAGGAUCUUAUCGUCUAAUCAGUGGAUCAAAUCCACUUGUCACUCAGAAUCUUUUAGAAAGAGCACUUCGAAAGAGACGACACAACGGACUUUCCAAUAUAAUUUGUGCCGCUGGGGAAGAAAACAACAGUUUGUCCAUAAACGACCAAAAAGAUAUCGCCAAUGCUUUGUUUCUGAUCGGCAAACAUUUACCCACUCAGUGUCUGUCAUGUUCUGGUGAAAAAGAGGGCUACCUCAAGGAAGCCGAAGCGAUCAUGAGUCGACAUCGAAGUGACAAAAGUCUUUUAUUGUAAAUAAUUUCUUCGUUUCAAUUAAAUCUCAAUUCUGUAAACUGAUUAGUCUAUGAGAAUGGAAAACAAUUAGCAAUCAAUCAAAAUGAGGAUCAUUGUCACAAAUGAUUACCUUUUUGACCCACUCAAUUGACAUUGAUUCUUUUCCAUUUCUUUUCUAAUUGAUAUGUUGAUAAUUACCAAUCACCAGAUCAAUUAAUCAAAAAUGUAAAACAUUAAAAUGAAAUAUUAAUUUUUUGAUCUUCUCAAAAAUAUACAAA